AUGGCCUCUAUUGCCGUACCAUCCGCAUCCACAAUCCUCGUAAUCGGCGGUGGCCCAGGUGGCUCGUAUUCUGCUGCCGUCCUAGCACGAGAAGGGUUCGACGUCGUUCUCCUCGAAGCCGACAAGUUCCCUCGCUACCACGUCGGAGAGAGCCAGCUCGCAUCCCUUCGGCAUUUCCUCCGAUUCAUUGACCUUGAGAAGGAGUUUGAAGAAUUCGGUUUUCAGCGGAAAGACGGCGCUGGCUUCAAGUUGAAUCGCCACAAACGAGAAGGAUACACAGACUUUGUAUCGCAAGACCCGAAUAAUUUCUCAUGGAACACAGUUCGGUCUCAAGCAGACGAAUUGAUGCUCCGUCAUGCCUCGAAAUGCGGAGCCAAAGUAUUUGAGGAAACCAAAGUGACCGAGUUGGAAUUCGAGGGGUCGGAGCAGUCGGGGCAUCCAGUAGCUGCCUUGUGGAAACAAAAAUCUGGGGCAACUGGGAGGAUAACCUUUAGCUAUCUUGUUGAUGCAAGCGGGAGAAACGGGAUCAUGUCGACGAGGUACCUGAAGAACCGGCAGUUCAAUUCGCUGCUCAAGAAUGUUGCUUGCUGGGGUUACUGGGAGGGAACGGGGAAGUACCUACCAGGAACGUCGCGCGAGAAUUCCCCGCUGUUUGAGGCUCUCGCUGACGAAUCAGGCUGGGCCUGGUUUAUUCCAUUACACGACGGAACCACCUCCGUCGGUAUCGUCAUGAACCAAGAUAUUUCCAAUGAAAAGAAGGCGAAGGCGAAGGAAAGCGGGGAAGACAGCUCACUAGUUGCCCACUACCUUAGCGAACUGAAACGUGCACCCAAUGUUUUAGCACUCAUCGGCGAUGGUGUACAUAUCAAAAAGUCCGACGCCCCCCUCGUCAGCGCCGCCAGCGAUUAUAGCUAUUCAGCUACUUCCUACGCCGGUCCUCACUAUCGGAUUGUCGGCGAUGCUGGCGCUUUCAUAGACCCUUACUUCUCUUCUGGGGUUCACCUUGCGAUAUCCGGUGGUCUGUCGGCAGCAGCGACGAUCUGCGCGGAGAUGAAGGGGGGCUGCACUAGCACCGAAGCAAUUGCAUGGCACAGCGCCAAGUUCUUCUAUGCGGCGCUCUGCUCCCGUGUUCUUAUUGCCUUCCUCAGGUUCAUGCUCGUCGUAUUGAGUGCGUACCACCAAAUCAAGUCACAAGAGGCGCCGGUCUUGUCGAAUAAAGACGAAGACAACUUCGACCGGGCUUUCGACUUCUUCAGACCGAGCAAGUAUCGCACUGAUUGGACUUUUAUCCAGGGAAACACUGACGUAGGCCGCAAGCUACAAGGCGACGACCUUCGCCGGACCGUGGAAUUCUGUGCAAAACAUGCAUACGAACCAUCCCUCCCAGAGGAACGUAAGGAACUGAUUGAGAAGUUUGGCGAUCCCCUGCGUGUUCUUCCCGCGGAGAGCGCCGAGGAUUCUGAGCAGGUUGCGACAGAAAAACGAAUCCUCAAGGGCGUGGCUAUACGGAAAUUGAUGCGAACGGAAGAUAUUGUUCACAUAGACAACUUUGUUGCUGACAAUCUCUUGGGGUACAAACUGAGGUUGAUUCGAGGGUCUCUUGGGCUAGAGAAAGUAUUGUAG